UGGGAAAGGCCGCCUGGCGCCGCGGUGCGCAGGCGCCGCGGGGGCUGCUAAGUGAAGCGGCAAUGGACGCCUUGGAGUCGUUGUUGGACGAGGUGGCCCUGGAGGGGCUCGAUGGCCUAUGUCUGCCCGCGCUGUGGAGCCGCCUGGAAACGCGCGUGCCGCCUUUCCCUUUGCCGUUGGAGCCCUACACGCAGGAGUUUCUGUGGCGGGCCCUUGCCACGCACCCAGGAAUCAGCUUCUAUGAGGAGCCUCGGGAGCGACCAGACCUCCAGCUCCAGGAUCGGUACGAGGAGAUUGACUUGGAAACUGGCAUUUUGGAGUCCAGGAGGGACCCGGUCCCUCUGGAGGAUGUCUACCCCAUUCACAUGAUCUUAGAGAACAAGGAUGGCAUCCAGGGCUCGUGUCGGUACUUUAAGGAGAGGAAGAACAUCACCAGCGACAUCAGGACCAAGUCUCUGCAGCCGCGUUGUACGAUGGUGGAAGCCUUUGACAGGUGGGGGAAGAAGCUGAUCAUCGUUGCCUCCCAGGCCAUGCGUUACCGGGCCCUGAUAGGCCAGGAGGGGGAUCCUGACCUGAAGCUCCCCGACUUCUCCUACUGCAUCCUGGAGCGACUGGGCCGGUCCAGGGUCGAUGCUGGGAAGCUUCACUAUCACAGGAAAAUCCUGAACAAAAACGGGCUCAUCACAAUGCAGUCCCACGUGAUCCGGCUGCCCACUGGAGCCCAGCAGCACUCGAUCCUCCUCCUCCUCAACCGCUUUCACGUGGACAGGAGGAGCAAAUACGACAUCCUCAUGGAGAAGCUGUCGGUGAUGCUGAGCGCACGGAGUAACCGCAUCGAGACACUGGGCAGGCUGAGGGAGGAACUGGGGCUGUGUGAAAGGACGUUUAAGCGCCUGUACCAAUACAUGCUGAAUGCCGGACUCGCCAAGGUCGUGUCUCUUCCCUUGCAAGAGAUUCACCCUGAAUGUGGGCCCUGUAAGACCAAGAAAGGGACUGACGUCAUGGUCCGCUGCCUUAAGCUGAUGAAAGAGUUCAAGCGGAAGAUGGAUGACGACCAGGACGAUGACGAGGACGAGGAGGUCAUCUCCAAGGCGGUGCCGCCGGUGGACAUCGUGUACGAGCGGGACAUGCUCACGCAGACCUACGAGCUCAUCGAACGCAGAGGCACAAAAGGCAUCUCCCAGGCUGAGAUUCGUGUGGCCAUGAACGUGGGGAAGCUGGAAGCAAGAAUGCUGUGUCGGCUCCUCCAGAGGUUCAAGGUCGUCAAGGGCUUCAUGGAAGAUGAAGGCCGCCAGCGGACCACCAAGUACAUCUCCUGCGUGUUCGCCGAGGAGAGCGACCUGAGCCGCCAGUAUGCCCGGGAGAAGGCCCGCAGCGAGCUGCUGGCCACCGUGAGCCUGGCCUCCAUGCAGGAGGAGUCGCUCCCGCCCGAGGGCGAAGACGCUUUCCUCUCGGAGUCGGACAGCGAGGACGAGGGCGGCAGCAGCAAGCGGAAAGGCCGAGGGCCCCAGGGGGACGCCAGGGCCUCCGGCAGCCUCGGGCUGGGGGCGCAGCCUCAUCACUCCACCCCCACCAAGG